CUUCAGAGGUAUUAUUGAUAUUAAAAUCUUCACAAAACGUGAUAAUUAAUAAUUAAAAGUACUUCAAUAACAAGUGUUUAUGAAUUCAAAGAAAAAGCAGCUAGAGGAUGUGAGAAUCAGCAAACGACUCUCCUAUUUACUUCGUCAUGGUGCUGUACAAGAAGGUCUCCACAUAAAUCCAGAUGGUUUUGUUCCUCUGCGAGAGCUCCUGGAGAAAUUGCCUGAGUGUACGAUCGUCGACAUCAGACGCAUCGUCUCCACGAAUUCCAAGGGUCGAUUUACUCUAGUCGAGAGUGAAGACGAAGGUCCUCAGAUAAAAGCAAAUCAGGGUCACUCUCUGGCAAGUGUGAAUCGGCUGUCCUUGAAAGAAGUCAGCAAUCCAAAUUUCGAGAUAAUCCAUGGGACUUCGUUUGCCAAUUGGGCCCAGAUUAAAUGUAGGGGACUGUCUCGAAUGAGAAGAAAUCACAUUCACUUCUCGAAAGGUUUGGACUCCGCUCGUGGCUUGAGAAGCUCCGCUCAAGUUUUUAUUUUCAUAGAUUACUCCAAAUCAUCAGCAGAUGGAAUAAAAUUCUUCGAGUCUGAGAAUGGAGUGGUGCUCAGCCCAGGGGAUGCCUGCGGUGUGAUAGAGACUCGAUAUUUCUCGAGAGUAUCAACACGGGACAAUAAAAUAUUAUCAAUUGAUAAUUAAUCGAUGAAGUGUGCACUUGAGUC